GUAAUAGCUUAUAAACACAGACAGAACGUUUAGACUACUCAGAGGUCUGAGAACUAAUUGUCAGUAUGGAGCAAUCUGUCCUGGGGAUUCUAAUUCUUUUUACAGUCUUCAGCUUUGGAGAACCUUUUUCUUCUGAUAAAAAUUCUUCUAUUGAAACUCCCAGUGGUCUAGACGCAGGAAAGAAUUCUGUAAUAUUAGGCAUCAAUAAGUUUAAAGAUGAUAAAGAUGAUCAUGAAACACUGGAAGACCAAUGGUCACGGCUGUUUGGAGAAAAGUGGAAUCCAGAUAAUGGAAAACCUGGAGGACCUGGAGAACCUGGAGAACCUGGAGGACCUGGAGAACCCGGAGAACCUGGAGAACCUGGAGAACCUGGAGGACUUUUAGAGUCUAGAUGGCCUAGAGGACCUGGAGGACCUAGAGGAACUGGAGGACCUAGAGGACCUGGAGGACCUAGAGGACCUGGAGGACCUGGAGGGCGUAGAGCACCUGGAGGACCUAGAGGACGUAGAGGACCUGAAGGACGUGGAGGACCUGAAGAACCUGGAGGACCUCUAGGACCUAGAUGGCCUAGAGGACGUGGAGGACCUGGAAGUUCUGGAGGACGUAGAGGUCCUGAAGGACCUGGAGAACGUAGAGAACCUGGAGGACCAGGAGGACCUGAAGAACCCGGAAGACCUGUAGGACCUAGAUGGACUAGAGUACCUGGAGGACCUAGAGAACCAAGAGGACGUAGAGGACCUAGAGGACCUAGAGAACCCAGAGGACCUAAAGGAACUAGAGAACCUAGAGAACCUGGAGGACCUGUAGGACCUGGAGGAUCUGGAGGACCUGCAGGACCUGCAGGUCGUAGAGAACCUGGAGGACCUGGAGGGUCCCCAUUGUCCCAAAGACCUAAUGGCGGCCCCGUUGAUCGAGGGACCCCAUGGUCCCGAAAACCUCAAGGGGGUCCUGGUUUUCUAGGAACACCAUGGUUACAAAUGCCUAAGGGAGGUCCUUUAGCUCAAGGGUCCCCGUGGUCCCAGCAACCUCAAGGUGGUCCUGGGUUUCCAGGAAAUCCGACAACCCUAAUGUUCCAAGGUGGUCCAGCUUGGCCCCAACAGCCUCAAGGUGGUCCUGGUAUUCCAGGAUAUCCAUGGUUCACAAUGAUUCAAGAUGGACCAUUUUUUCCAAGGACCCCUUGGUCCCAACAACCUCAAAGUGGUCCUAGUUUUCUAGGAAAUCCGUUGUCCCCAAUGUAUCAAGGUGGUCCAGCUUUUCCAAGGACACCUUGGCCCCAACAACCUCAACGGGGUCCUAGUUUUCCAGGAUAUCCGUUGUCUCCGAUAUCCCAAGUUAGUUCAGGUUUUCCAAGGAGCCCUUGGCCCCAACAACCUCAAGGUGGUCCUAGUUUUCCAGGAUAUCCAUGGUCCCCAAUAUUCCAAGGAUAUCCAGUUUUUCCAAUGACCCCUUGGUCCCCACAACCUAAUAGUAGGGUUCCUGGAAGUCCGUGGUCUCAAUCCCCCAAAGUAGGUCCAAGCGGUCCAAAGAUGCCCAAGUGGUCCCAAAUACCCAGAGGAGGACCAGGUCGACCAGAAUAUCCAUAUUGGCCACAAACACCCAAAAGACAACCAAUUGAGCCACCAAAUCUUCCUCCAAAAGGUCCCAUGAAACCUUGGAUGAAGAGUCUUCCUUGGAGGGGUCCCUCCAGGACUCCUCCAAAGGGUCCCUCCUGGGCUCCUCCUGCGGUUGAGGAUAUCCCUGAUGUUCCCAGGAAUAAAGGUUGCUGGAAGGGUCAAACUGUUGCUCUGUUCCUUGAUCCUGUAACUAUGCUUGAGAAUGUUGUCAAGGCCCCGGAGAAAGAAACUGGAAUACAUUGUACAUGUAAGAAUCCUCAACUGGACACUUGCUUGGUCUUCAAAAUACAUGAAAAGAAAUUGUAAUCGUCAAAUUAGAAUUUUGAAUCUGU